AUGGCUCCUGCCGCGCAAUUCGAAGCGGCGCAACCGCCCAAGGACGCCAUCUCGGCUCUCGUCUUCGCCCCGGGUCCAUCCAGGCGACUGCUAGCUUCGUCAUGGGACAAGAACGUGUACCUUUACGAGGUCGCCAAUGGCGCCGAGGAGGCGAACUUGGUUGGGACAUUCGAGCAUCGUGCGCCCGUGCUUGAUGUGUGCUUCGGCGCGGAUGAGAACGAGGCCUUCAUCGCGGGCAUAGACCAUCAGGUUAAGAGGAUUGAUCUCGCGAGUGGAGAGCAAACAACCCUUGGCAAGCACUCCGCGCCCGUCCGCUGCGUCGUCUACAGCGCCCAGCACUCCCUCCUCAUCUCCGCCUCCUGGGACAGCACACUCCAAGUCCACUCCACAACCAACGCCUCCCAGCAACCGCUGACGAUCCCGCUCCCGGGCAAGCCCCACGCUCUCGCCGCAAGCCCAAGCAAAGUCGUCGUCGCCAUGACCGCACGGCUAGUCCACAUCUACGACCUGCCCACACUCGCAUCAGCGGUCUCCGCCGGGAGCAACAACAACAACAACCCACCACAGCCGUGGCAGCAGCGCGAGUCGUCGCUCAAGUUCCUGACGCGGGCGGUGGCGUGCAUGCCCAACGACGCCGGGUACUCGACGUCGAGCAUCGAGGGUCGGGUGGCGGUGGAGUGGUUCGAGGACAGCGCCGAGUCGCAGGCGCGCAAGUACGCCUUCAAGUGCCACCGGCAGGCGGCGCCCGAGGACGAGGGCGGCGGCGACGUCGUCUACCCCGUCAACGCCCUCGCCUUCCACCCCCUCUACGGCACCUUCGCGUCCGGCGGCGGCGACGGCACCGUCGCCCUGUGGGACGCCGAGGCCAAGCGCCGCAUGCGCCAGUACCAGAAGUUCCCCGAGAGCGUCGCCGCCCUCUCCUUCUCCGGCGACGGCCGCUUCCUGGCCAUCGCCGUGUGUCCCGGGUUCGAGACUGGCAUGGAGGAUUAUAGCGGGGAGGGCAGGACCAAGAUCUUUAUUAGGGAGCUGGGCGAGACCGAGGCUAAGGGGAAGGGGGCUAAGUAA